UCCGCCAUUCAGUCAGUCAGUCAGUACCGUGCGUGACGGCGGUCAGCUUGCUUGCUUGUUAGUGGUUGGUGUUCUCGGUCGGUUGAAUUUUUCUACGAUUUCCGUGGAACGACCGUGCGUCGAGCUACGUCUCUGGGGUUUGUGACGAGGCGGUUGCCGUCUGAAGUGAAGUGCACUACAUAUUAGCGUGGCAAAUCGAAAACAGCUGAGAGGGAGCCCAGUUAUUCCAAUGAUUGCGAUUGAGUCAACCGAAGGCGUCACCCACAGGAAGUGCUGUUUUUGAUAAAUUCGAAUGUUCGCCCUGCGGUGCUGGUAGUGGUGGUGAUUGUGUACGUUUUCCGGACAGUCGUCUUCCGCAGUGGUGCAAAGGCAACGUGCGCGGAGCGGAUGCAGUUUUUCGGAGUGCAUUUCAGUGUAGGGCACUCAUGUUGGUAUCGAGAACAGUGUGGUUAAAUGUGCGGUUCUGACCGAAAAUAGACGGCGACGACGAGCUGGGUCCAAAACGAAGUUGGGUACAUAAUUAUUAAUAGAUUUAUUGAUGAUACGCGGUUAAUAAUUUAAUUACCGUGUACUUCUUCAGUGCACAAGCCGGUCGUGCGCAGGAAGGUGAGCUCCGGCCGAAGCGAGCGAUUCACCAGUUUCUAGAAGUGCACAGGCAGUGUAAGUACGAAUACGAGUACGCGUAAGUGUAAGAGGGAAACAUAAAGGCGAAAAGGGAAAACGAAGAAAGCUCAGCAUACGCCGUAGUCGGUGAAGAUCUCGAACGAUCCCAAGAAGCCGAUGAAUGUGUGAAUAUGAGUGAGAGGGAAUGAAGGUAUUUUUAAGUGAAUGAAAAAUUAGAGCUAAUUACGCACCCUCGGUUGCUGCGUCCGAAGUGAAAACGAUUGAAUUGUCAAAACACAAAUCGAGUGGAAGUUAGUUGAUAUUUUAAAAAAAACUGAAAUAAAUCUAGGUGCCCGUGAAUCCGGCCGUUCGCUUGGUCGGGAUAGAGAAUCGUUAGGUGCAAAACAACGGGCCUCCUGCUUCGAGCUAGGAUUUGUUUGUCUCGUUCGAGUGCUUUAUUACUUGAAGGCGCAGGCUGUGCGGUCUUUGAUUCGGCAGUCUAUCGAAAUCGAAGUGCUUCCGACACGUUGCAGAAUCCGACAACGAGGUUUUGUUCGAAGUUGAAGAUCGAAAAACUUUUCUACGAAUCGAGCCAAUAACGGAAAGAAAAAAAAAGAUGGAUUGAGUGUUGAAUGACCGUUAGGAAAGUAGAGAUCGAAAGUGUUUUUACUGUCGUUGAGGUCUGAACCGGUCAUUAAAGAACGGUGAUUUAGACAAUCCUAAAUCAGUUUCAAAAAAAGAAAAAAAAUGCCUCCAGUGAUGCUGUUCUGCUGCCUGGCGUUGGUGAUAUUCCAGUUCCAGCUGACAAAUGCCCAGUACCGGUCGCCCCGCAUCACCGAACAUCCGAGCGAUGCCAUCGUGCCGAAGAAUGACCCGGUGACGUUGAACUGCAAGGCCGAAGGGAAACCGCAACCGGUGGUCCAGUGGUACAAGGAUGGUGAGCUUGUCGUGCUAGACUCAAACCACGUGCUGCUACCGUCCGGUUCGCUGUUCUUCCUGCGCACGGUGCACAGCAAAAAGGACCAGGACGACGGAGUGUACUGGUGUGUAGCCAGCAACAAAGCCGGCACGGUGCACAGCCGAAACGCGACACUUCAGGUUGCCGUCCUCCGUGAAGAUUUUCGAGUGGAACCCAAAAACACCCGAGUCGCAGCCGGUGAAACGGCACUACUGGAAUGUGGUGCUCCGAAAGGCAAUCCGGAACCGACGAUUCACUGGAAGAAGGACGACAUCCCGAUAGGUUUGGACGAUUACCGAAUCAGCAAAGAGUUGUCCCGCGUUCGAGUCGUCGAUGGUGGGAAUCUUCUAAUUAGUGACGUCCGUUCCGAAGAUGCCGGCCGCUAUCAGUGCAUAGCGCAGAACAUGGUCGGCUCGCGGGAAAGUAUUCCCGCCAGACUCACCGUUCAAGUCAAACCGUACUUCUUGGCGAAACCCAUUGAUGUUACCGUCCUGGAGGGUCACCGGGUUCAGUUCCAGUGUGCCGUCAGCGGGGACCCGUUCCCCCAGGUGCUGUGGAGCAAGGAAAACGGACACAUCCCGGUGGGCCGAGCCGACAUUCUGGAGGAGGACCGAAGUUUGAUUAUUCGCAAUGCGACCUUGGAUGACCGGGGCCAGUACAUCUGCGAGGCACAUAACAGUGUGGGACAGAUUAGUGCCCGUGCCAACCUGUUCGUUAACACUCCACCAUACUUCACCGUUCGACCCCAGGAUCAAAAGGUCGUGCCGAAUGGGGUUGCCACGUUUCGUUGUUCGGCCACUGGCAGUCCAGUUCCGUCGGUUUUCUGGACCAAGGAGGGCUCCCAAAUGCUGAUGUUUCCGAACAAUACCUACGGCAGCAUUCAGAUUGCCGGACAGGGAUCGCUGCAGAUUCGCGGUGUCCAGCGGGAAGACGAGGGUUACUACGUCUGUUCGGCACUCAGCGUGGCCGGCUCGAUGACGAGUCGAGUGUAUUUGCAGGUUACCUCCUCGUUGGACUCCAUCACACCACCAUUGCUGCAGUUUGUUCCCACGAACCAGUCCCUCCCGAGUGGAUCCAGUACCGUUCUUCCGUGCCGAUUGGCUGACGCUUCCAUCGAGGCACGGAUCUUCUGGGAACGAGAUGGUAUCGAGUUGAGCACCGCAUCCUCCUCCUCCUCGAAGUUAGCUCAGCUUCCGGAAGGUUCUUUAAAGCUGGACGAUUUACGACAACAGGACAGUGGCUGGUAUCGUUGUGUGGCCAGACUAGGAAAUGCUGUCCCUCGGUCGGAAUCAUCGUCGACAACGUUGAUCUCAUCAUGGAGCGCCUAUCUUCUGAUCGAGGACAACCUCGCCGUUUCGCAGCAACGCUUGUUUAAUGCCGAACUGGUUCCAUCGGCGCCCGGUUCACCGAAACCACUGAACAUUACCAACAACAACGUCACGCUGGCCUGGCUGAGCCGCGGUCAUAAUCGAUCCCGUCCGGUCGUUACUCCUUCCCUCACCUACACCAUCGAACAGUUCAGCCCGGACGACGACAGUAACGAUGGAUGGCGGAUUGCACUUCGCCAGAUCGCUGGAAAUACGGCCACCGUCACGGGACUGUCGCCGGAUGCCACUUACCUGUUUGCCGUUCGAGCGGAGAAUGCAUACGGGUUCUCCUCUCCUUCGGCCCUGUCGGCACCGGUUCGAACCUUAUCCUCGGAUGACCGUGUCAGCGUGCCCGAGGAACUGGACAGCGCCCGAAAUGUGCUCAAUGGAAAGAUCCUGGAACUUAUCGACAUCAUUCCCCUGUCGUCCACAUCGGUCCGAUUGGAGUGGCUGCUGCACGUCAGUAGUUCCGAGCAGUACGUGGAAGGAUUUUACGUACGCUACCGGGAGCUGGAUUCCUCCAGUCAACGCUACAGUAUGCUGUCCAUUCCGAACAACGAAGUCGAGAGCCACAUCAUUUCGAAUUUGGGUAAAUUUACCAAAUACGAGUUCUUCCUGACUCCAUUCUAUAAAAACUUGGAAGGUCAACCGAGCAAUGCACGCAUCGUGCAAACGAUGGAAGAUGUUCCGUCGACAGCGCCGGGUAAUGUUCAAACAGGCAUGUUCAACCUUACAGCGGGAUGGGUCCGCUGGAGUCCACCGCCCAAGGAUUCGUUGAAUGGAGUAUUGCAAGGGUACAAGAUUCAGGUGAAGGCCGGUAACAUUUCGAAACUGUUGGCGCAGAUGACCCUGAACUCGAGUACGACUUCGGUUAUGCUGAACAACUUGACGACUGGAUCCAGUUACGGUAUUCGAGUCGUCGCCUACAAUCGAGUGGGCUUGGGACCGUACUCAAAGCCUGUUCAUCUGGUGAUGGACCCCUCGUUCGUGAUCGUUCCACAGGGUGUUCACAAUAGUUAUAAUGAUUAUGAUGAUCACCGGCAUCAUAACUUUUUACACGAGACUUGGUUCAUGAUAUUUGUAGUUCUUUCGUUGUUCAUAAUUCUGCUGUUUACGAUCGUCGGAGGAGUGAUCUUCUUCAAGCGACGCCAGGGACUGGGCAAACCUGUGGUUACGGUUCCCAUCGGGGCUCGGAGAGAUAUUCCCAAUUUGAAUGUGAUGCGUAAAGAUAACGGAAUCUGGAUCGAUCGGGGUUGGCGGACUUGCGAUACGGACAAGGAUUCGGGCCUAAGCUCGAUUAAAUUACUGGAAGGAAACCAAAUCUACCCGAAUCAGGCACUGUCAGAUGGGGGCACUGACUACGCGGAGGUCGAUCCCAGGGGGGUGACAUCAUUCUACAACUGCAGGAAGUCGCCUGAAAGUCCAACUCCCUAUGCCACAACGAUGAUAAUCAAUGGGAUCCCUCGUAGUGAAAACGGUGACAUAAGUUUCCAAGGUCACGACACUUUCUCAUCUACAGCAUCAAGUUUCCGGUCAUUCUAUGGUUAUCCGAGACCGCUCAACAGUAAUCAAGUUCCCCCAAACUGGGUUGAUUACCUGCCACCGCCACCGGAACAUCCGCCGCCGGCUCCCCAACCGCUGGACAUCGGCCACCUGAAUCACGUGUACCCCUCGGAGCGUAUCGGAUCGAUCUCCAGCUCGCAAGGUUCCAGCUCGUACUGUUCCCGGCACACCGGUGGGUACAAGUGAGAUUCGGCCAAAUGCAGCAUCUUCAACAACCAAUACCUGAUCAGUCCAACGGUUGCCCUCCGCGAUUGCUACUAGCACUAGUAGACAGUCGGACGGGGGGCUUCCGGUGACGACGAAAAACCGUUAACAUCAAACUUUCGUGGUAGUCUACGACGUCCGAGGGGUGUGCGGCUCUUCGAAAACUAGCAAAACCGUAACAAUCAAGAAAAGAAAGAGAAAAAUAUAACUAUCGCCGAAAUGUGCCAACCCCUUUUCCGUUACCCGCCUCGCGCCGCGAAAGCAAUUGUUAACCCUUGACAAACAAUUUACGGCUGGAAGCAUUGAGCCCUCAUGGUUGGUGUCACUGUCUUUGCUCCCGAAAUCGGCACUCUGACAGUAACCUUUUCCUUUCGUCACACAGGUCACCGCAAACACAUUCUCCGAAUUGGAUAUUCCUCUCCGAGAAGGAACGAUUCCUGUGAUGAAUCCGGGCAUUAAACUAUCGAGUCAGCAUUAGUAUGGAGAAAAGUUACUGUCAAAAAUGGCUACGUGUAAUCUUCGCUGUCACUUCAAUGAUGCUUGAAAACUAACUGGAAAUGUAGUGUCAUGUACUAGACUUUAUCGUAUUUACAACUGUAGGUAGAUCUCACAAACUCCUAUUCAAUGUGAAUGGUAGAACUAAUGACGAAAAAAAAACAGAAAUGAAAGAUAAAACAUUUAUUUUUGUGAUUCCCGAACGAUUUUUUUAACCAUUUAAUAUGAUGUUGAUUGUGAAAAAAAACGAGAAUAAAGAUUACAACGAGUAA